GACUGCAUCCUUUCUACUGCUAAACCGGUAGUGGCGGCGAAUCCGUCAAAACGAGAAAAAAAUGCAGAAAUUCGAGAGACUGGAGAAAAUCGGCGAAGGUACUUACGGAACUGUUUUCAAAGCUAAAAAUAAGGAAACUCAAGAAAUAGUUGCUCUGAAGAGAGUGAGGCUUGAUGAUGACGACGAGGGCGUCCCAAGUUCAGCUCUGAGAGAAAUCUGCCUGCUGAAGGAACUAAAACACAGGAAUAUAGUCCACCUUCAUGACGUGUUGCACUGUAACCGACGACUGACGUUGGUGUUUGAGUGCUGUGAUCAGGACCUCAAGAAGUAUUUUGAUGCUUGCAACGGGGAGAUCGAUCCUGACGUUGUAAAGUCUUUCAUGUUUCAGUUGUUGCGAGGCCUUGCAUUCUGUCAUAGUCAGAAUAUACUCCACAGGGAUCUUAAGCCACAAAACCUUCUCAUCAACAAGAAUGGUGAAUUGAAACUGGCUGAUUUUGGCCUGGCGAGGGCGUUUGGCAUUCCAGUGAGGUGUUUUUCAGCAGAGGUAGUGACCCUGUGGUACAGACCACCUGAUGUGCUGUUCGGGGCCAGAAUUUACACAACGUCCAUUGACAUGUGGUCAGCGGGAUGUAUAUUUGCAGAGAUGGCCAAUGCGGGACGCCCUCUGUUCCCAGGGAAUGAUGUUGAAGAUCAGCUGAAGAGGAUCUUCAAGUUGUUAGGCACACCCACCGAGGAUACCUGGCCAGGUAUCUCAAAGCUACCAGACUUUAAGCCUUACCCGAUCUACCAUGUCAGUACUCCUCUCUCAUCAGUGGUCCCUGGACUCUCAGCCAAGGGUCGUGACCUCCUACAGCGUCUGCUCAUCUGUAACCCCUCACUGCGCAUGUCGGCUGAGGAAGGUCUCAUACACAGCUACUUUGGAGAUCUCAACCCAGCUCUAAAGGCAAUGUAAAAAACAAUAAACAAAAAAACUAUGAAAAGUGUUUACCCUAAUAACCACCUCUAAAAUCUAAGCGCGGGUUUUAUUGGAUGCUUUACUGCGUAACUGUUUCAGGUAUUGAACAAAACACAGGACGAAUACUUCAUGGAGGCAACAAAGGCUUCAAUGCCACUUAGCAUUCCCUUGGUGCCCCAAUGGAAAUUUUACGUACAAAAUAUAAUUUCACUCAUGGAAGUGCCAUUUAGUACGAGAAAAACUGUCUUGCCCUUUGAAGAAUGAAGUAUUAAGCCUGAAAACAUAGUACCAGUUGCUCGAUAUGUGUACACAGGCAUGGAUGUUGUGUUACCCAGCACUGUUGUUAAGCUUUUUCAGAAUUUGUCUUGGUUUCAGGAUUUUCUCAAAAUGUCCUGGAACCUUCAGAUUUUCUUGAAAAGUGUUAAGCAGCCACCGAAAGGGAGAAAGUAAUAGUCCAUGUAAGUUGUAGUUUUGUAUUUCCGGUGAUGCACCACAGAGACUAUAAAUCACCUGAAUUGUAACAUCUGUGAGGUUCUGGGUCUAGAAUUUUCACAUACGUCAAAUCUGAUCCUUGCUCUUAAAUUCCAAUGGAGUUACAACAUUUUUUUUUAAGCACAACCAAGGGGUAAGGUUUGAAUAAUUAAAAUAUCUACCAGACUUUUCUCUAGGCCAUACAAAUUUCACAGGAGUCCACAGGUUUGGACUUGAAGUUUGGAAGAUGAAGACUUGGACAGCAAUUUGUUUAACUUGUGUGCUAUUGACUAUCAUUGCCAAAUGCAGUAAAAAAGCUGUAAAGAGUGAUGUUUUCCAGUAUACACUUGUAAAGUUGUAAAGAUGUAAACAUUUACUAUAACAUUUUUUAGAUAUUCAUCUAUUUUUGUCCCUUUCCAAGAUAUGUAGCACCAUUGUCAUGUGCUACUAGUAAGCUUGCUUUUGUACAAGACACUGAAUACCAGCCAUUAGUUUUAGGGUUUUUCACCUAUGACCUUGAUUGGUAACCUUCCCUCUUAUGCACAUCAUUUUGUCUAAGUGUAAGUGGGCACCAGCGACCGUCAGAGUUUAACCAAUGAAAUUCAGGAGCUAGUAUGGCCAAAGUUGUCAAUUCGGCAGAGACAUAGGUGUUGUCUGUUUCUCAUUCACUACUUUAACACAAUAGACAAACUGUUGACAAAAAAACUUAUGUUGGAAUUUCACAAUAUCUCAGUUUGUGAAAUAUUAUCCUAUAACAAAAUUUCACUGACUAAUAAUAUUUCGAGAUAAAGACUCUAAACUAUUUUUAGUUUCAAAAACAGAAGUUUAGGGUUUCAACGAAACAGAUGGGUACAAAACGAUAAGCACUUUUGAAAAGAAUGUUUCAACUACAUCAGAUAAAAUGGGAUAGAGUAGCAGAACCGCUCUUUAGGUCCCUUCAGGAAUGCAAAAAUUAGGUCAGUGCACAAUUGUGGCUGAUGGUAACAUGCACCAAGUUGUUCUGUCCUUUAAGAUUGUGAGAAAGAUUUGUGUCUUCAAAAAACUCAAGUUGGAGUGGAGGGUAAAUUCAAGAGUUAAAGACCAUGGUUUCGGCCUUGAUGCCAAGUUUUCCAUAGAUUUUCAGAUUUUCCAAUGGAAGUGCCCUUUGCAAUAUCAAAAUGGCCUUGCCCUUUCAAAGAUGAAAUUCAAGACCUGCUUAUAGACUAAUCCGACGUGCACCAGGCGCGCAAGUGUUUAGCACCACGCGCCUUUUUGCUGCGGUGUCUUCAAUGCCUAGAUUGUGCACAAAAAGACACCGCAGUUGGUAGUUUUCAAUAGAGGGGAUACCAAUUUUGUUUUGUCGGAUUGGUUUAUACCAGGGUGUCAUCCAAACAUGAAAUGGGUAAUUUUUUUUAAUCAGGCUUAUAGUUCUUCUAGUCUAUCUACCAAGGGGGGAAUAUCAAGUAGCACAUCUCCGUAUCAGUUAAAAUGGUUUAGUUAGUUCAAAUGAGAAAAUAGAGUUAGCUGUUGCAAACUGCUUACCAACCAAAAGGACCUAUGGUAUAAAUGCCAACAGAUAGUUAAUGGCCUGUCGUUUUGAUCUUAGCAGAGUCUUAGUUCAAAUGGUACAGAAUGGUACACACUGGCACACGGGGUAUCAUCCAUACAUGAAGUGGGUUCAAGUUUCUACACAGAAGACUCUCUGUUCAAGUCACGCCCAGCGAACUCAGUUUCGGUUCCUAAACAGCGGAAACUUUAAAUGAACCACGAGCUGGCACCAUAAAUUUUUUUAAAGGAAAACUGUACAUCCCUCUAACAGGAACUUCCAUAGGUUUUAUAUUGUGGAAGUUUCCUAUCGUUAAAGUACAAGUGCAAUAUUUUAAAAGUUUUUUUUUGUGUGUACGUGUGUUGGAACCAAAAGGGAAAUAUGGUCUGGUGAAACUGUUUAGGGAAAACGUGUAAUGCUUCCUGUUGAUCGGAAAUGUGACUGUGGUUUUGUUUUGUUCUGUUUUGAUUUGUCAUAACUGUUCAUUAAUCGAUGAUUUUGUCCAUGAUUUUGAUUAAUGUGUUAUUUUAUGGUUGCAAAUGAUAAUUAUGUGAUUGAGCACCGCCGUUCAUUAUUUAAUUUUAUUUAACAGAUUUCUUUUUUUAGUUUUGGUUUUUAUUUGUAUUUUAAGUUUUGGUUUAUUCAUCAUUUUGUUUUAUUUUAAUUUCCUAUUAUUUUAUUUUACUUUGAUGUUACAGGUGUCAGGGUGUCAGGAGAUGCCAUUUAAUUUACUGUAUUACAGAGAAUUAUUGAGUUAUCAAUUUUAUUAGAUCAACUAUGAUGCUUUGUGGACAGCAAAGGCAACUAUCAUGAUACCUCCAGACCACUGGGUCUGAAUUUCAUACCAAAGAUGUUAGCAUCGCACAAAGUAAAAUUGCUUACCAGAUAAUGGUUACCAGCCAACAUGCCAUAGUCGUGUAACCUGGUUGAGGCUGGUUCCCUGCUAAUUUAGUCCUAUCCAGAAUCUGCUUAGCAAAUUAGUACGCAUUCAAAAUUGGCCCCUUGUUCUGCACCCUCUCAGAGUAAUUUGGAUGUCAAGCUUGAUGCUUCUCUCGGAAGAAACUUAGGCUGUUGCCUCCAUUACCCCUAGUCAUUGCCUCGGUGCCCCUUGAAAUUUGCCAAUGAAAUUUUGGACAAUUUUCAUUACAGAGGUACCCUUAACCCAAGGAGAAAACGCAUAGGUGCCCUUGACGUUUCAAGACUGGAUAGUUCAGCCUAAAUGUCAAGGUUAAUCAAGACUAAUCCAGGCUGAAAUUUUCUCCCAAGGAUUUUGUUCUGUCCUGGACUGUCACUCAUCUUCAAAGUGGCAAUUAGUUUAGAGUCCCAUCCAUAAGAGGAUGUUCAUGGGCAGGAUGCAGUAUAAAUAACCGGCUGUUCAGCUUGCACUGUCUGCCCUUUAUGACCCUCACAGGGCUUCAAGUCCAUCUGUUUAAUCGUUGCUAAUUUAUGUUCGGUUAAAACAAAAAGAACGUUUAUAAACGUGCCUCGUGUAGAGACUGAAGUAUUAUAGUUAUGACUGACCCCCCCCCUUUUUUUUUUACUUGUGAUUUAUUUGGUCUAAUGUGGAUACUGGUGGGUUGGUACUGCCAGAGAUGGGAAAUGUCAGACUUUUAUCAGAAGUCGGAUAUAUAAUCUAACAGUUAAUGUCUUACCAGUAAAGUAUUACUAUAAAAAGGUCUUUAA